GUCUCAACGGCGUAAGAGUAAUGAAUUUUGCCCAUAGAUUACUUACGUUCUGAUGCCAUUUCUCCCAUUCUUUUGUGUUUUCUUUUCUUUGCUAGUUGACUUGUUGCUUUCAAUUUUUUUUUUUCCUCAAGUUUACUUGAACACCCUUUUUCUCUAUACCUCCUGCUAUUCUUCAACAGUUACCCUAAACAUUUCUCUUUCUCUAUCUACAAAAUGUAUUUUUUUUACUGUUGACAAUUUGGUUCCCUAUCUAGUUUGCUUUGAAUUAAUGUCAAGAUAAAAUGCAGCCAUGGCUAUGACUUCUUUAAUUUUCUUCACCAUUUUCACAUUUGCGGCCCUUCUCACUCUUCUCUUUCCUUCUUAUUGCUUAAAUCAAACGCAGUCCAUAUAUACUCACAGGGGUUUGGAGGUGGAGGAAAAAACAAGACUGGGUUCAAUGCCACCGAGUUGUCACAACAAAUGCAACCAGUGCCACCCAUGCAUGGCGGUGCAAGUGCCUACACUGCCGAGUCACGACAGAGUCCAUCCGGGUCAAAUCACACCAAAGCCACUAGAGUAUUUAGAUCCUUCACCGUCAUUGGCCGGGAACAGGUACUCCAAUUACAAGCCACUUGGAUGGAAGUGCAGAUGUGGUGGCAACCUUUACAACCCUUAAAUAAUGAUUAGCAAAGGAAUUCCGAUUCCAUAACAAAAUUUUCGUGAAAGAAUAUGAAUUAUUAUGAAUUAUUUUAUUUUUCUUGAGAUGUGUGUAAUGUUGUAGGGCCCCUAAGAUUCUUUAUGAAAGAGGACAUUCAAGUGAGGUUCUAUAGCAUUUAGUGUAUGUAUUGAAAUCUACACAGAGUGUACAGAUAUUAUUACAGACUUUAUCAGACUGUUAUUUAAUGCUAUUUUUCUUAAUCUUAAUAUAUUAUAUUUAAUAUU